AUUUUAUUUCUGUUAAUUUCGAUUAUUUGUGUCAUUAUUACUGUAAUAGGUAUGUCAGUUACAAUAUUCAAACUAUUGCUUAACACUUUUGGAAAGAACCUGCCAAGACAUGCAAUUAAAUCAGGUGUACAGUACCGUUUCGUAACAGCCAUGGAUGUAGCCACACCAGAAAAAACAGAUGCACCAAAUGAUGAAGCUACUGAGAUAGUACACAGCAAAAGUCAGACGAGGUUUAAGAGACGCCACAUGAAACGGCAGUGGGAGGAGUUGGCUGUGAGUAAGAAAGUAGACGGACAGACAGACGAAAAGAAGCUGUGUGAGAAAACCUCUGAGAGGAUAAAGAGGAAAAAAAUGGCAAUGUUAUUGGGAUACUGUGGGGUGGAUUAUUAUGGAAUGCAAAGAAACCCAGGUGUUAGAACGAUUGAGGAAGAUUUACUGAAAGCACUAUUAGAAACUAAGAAUAUUACAGAAGAGGACUUCAAUAACCAACAAAAUGUACAGUUCCAGAGGAGUUCACGGACUGACAAAGGUGUCUCUGCUGCCAGACAGGUUGUGUCUUUGAAACUACCUUUAGAAAUAAACAUUGACGAUGUUAACAAGAAAUUACCAGAAUGUAUAAGGGUAUUUGCUGUAAAACGUGUUACGAACAAGUUUAAUUCAAAAUCGAAAUGUAACGCACGAACAUAUAGCUUCACUCUUCCCACAUAUGUGUUUGAACCCAGUCUAGUGAGUGUGGACGAGAGAAAGCUGUAUAGAAUACCUGCGGAAAAAUUGGAAAAAGUUAAUAGUGUUUUAAGUGUAUAUAAAGGAACCAAAAGUUAUCACAACUUCACAGAAAAAAAACACUUCCAAGACCCGUCGGCGUUGAGAUAUAUGAUGAAUUUUAGCAUUGACAGAGUAUUCGUACAUACAGAUAUGGAAUUUGCAGUUUUAUUAGUUAAGGGUCAAAGCUUCAUGCUGCAUCAGAUUCGUAAAAUGGUGGGGCUGAUGAUAGCUGUGGUGAGGGGACACACCAACAUGUGUACCUUGGAGCGGGCAUUCGGCAAGGAAAAGGUGAUGAUACCCACUGCGCCUGGUCUGGGUUUAGUACUUGACAUGGUGCAUUACGAUAGAUAUGAUGCUCGUUAUAAAACUAGCCAUGACAGUCUAACUUGGGAGGCAGAGGAUGAAGCAGUACAAAAAUUCAAACUUGAUCACAUAUACCCUAAUAUAGUAAAAGGUGAGAUAGAAGACAAUUCAAUAGGCAACUGGUUGGAGAAACUCAAUUUACAUUCCUAUGAGCCGUCAGAUGACGUUCCCAGUGAGAAAGAGACAGAAGACAAAGAGUUGGAUGACGAUGAUGAUGAUGAUGAUGAUGAUGGUGAUGAUAAGGAGACAAAUGGAACACAGGAAAUAGAUGAUGUGUCAAAAAGUAUAGAAAAUAUAACAAAUAAUAAGUUAAUAUCGGAUGAAAUUUCUACUGAAAGUAAAAAGGUUUUGUAAAGUCUACAUAUAUGUAUAUAUAAUAAUUUCAAUAAUACAUGUUAAUUAUUA